AUGGCUCCACUCUCUGCGCUGAACCUUUUGAGUGAAGACAAAUCCAACCAUCGCGCGGAUCCUCUGUCGCCUCAGAAGGAGGCGGAAGGCGGGAAGGAAGAGACUCUGGACGUGUCUCUCGAGCUCCCUACGCUGCCGGCUCACUACACCAUCGCUGGCUUCCGAGUCCACGGCUCACGCGUUCUUCCCUCGCGGCUUAUCCGCCACAUUGAAAAGGCGCUUCUUUCCAAGCACCAAACGCCUUCUUCCUCUUCUUCCACUCCUUCCUCUUCUUCCGUGCCUCUAUCGGCGGAGGAGAAUGCGGCGCUCGUCCGUGCUUUUCUUGCGCAGGUGAAUUCGUGGUACAUCGAGAAUGGGUAUCUGUUUGCGCGUCUCGUUCCGCGUCCCCAUUUCCUGUCCGUGGGGAACGCGGGAGACAGACCGAAGGAAUCCAGCCUCUCGGCUAAGGCAGGCGCGGAGGUGGACGAGGCGGAGAAACGUGCGCCUGCCUUUCUUCUCACCUUCGACUGCGCCGAACCUCUCGUCGCAGAUCCGCCGCUCCAGAUCACCUUCCUCGAGAGACGGCUCUCCGAGAGUGCUCCCCAUGGCUCGGAAGUGGAAGACGCGAAGGCUGAAGACGCUCAGCCUGACCGACACGAGGCCCGCAGCCGAGGCGCCUGUCUCGUGGAAACCACUGGCAGACUGAAGCCGGAGGUCGUCGCCAAACACUUGCGUCUUGUUCCCGGCAGGCCGUUCAAAUGGGAUGCGGAGCGCUGGCAGCGGGCUGCGACGGAAUCUGAUCUUUUCGAAGACGCACAAGCGUCUGCCGUGGUGCUUCCCGGCAACGAGGGGAUUCGCGUCGAAGUCAUCGCCUUGGAAAAACCUGUGUAUUCCUUUCGGCCAGGCGUCUCCUUCUCGUCGGCUCUGCGCGACGUCGAGGGACAAGUGUCUCUGGAGCACCGGAACGUCGGCGGCUCUUCUGCCCGCGCCCGCCUCGCGCUCCGCCUCGCCCCUUCGUUCGACUUCGUUCCGCGCCGGGGCAUCCCGACCCGAGCCGAAGGCGCGCCAGGAUCUCCCGGAAGGCCCCAAAGCUCCUCGCUCUCUGCCGACCUGCUCUUCAACUCGCUCUCGCGCGCGACAGACCAGGAGUUUGUCCGUUUGUCGAUGUCUGCCUCGUCGGAAUUCCUACCUCCACCUGUCUUGCCGUCUUCGCCUUCUCGGACGACUCCCAGUCUCCCUUCCUCCUCUCUCCUGUCACGCGUUCUCGCCGCUUCGUCCGCGACUCCGGAAACCCCUAUUCCCGGUGUCUCUACGCCGCUUCCUGCCGCCUCCCAUUGUCACCCGCAGAAGUCGACGCGCCUGCUCCUUCCGGCAGGCCACUUUUGUCUCGGCGUUGCUGCCUCGGGAGAAAAGCGUCUUGGGCACUCCGGCACUCUGUGGGGCGAGGCCACCGUCGAGCGGAGAAAGGGGCUGUAUGUACAUCUGACUGGAGUAGAUCGAAGGACGCCUCGCGAGGGCGACGGCGCCGCGAACAACCGCGACGCUCUCAAGGAAGGUCCACGUGCACUGCAUGCGGAGAACGAAUCUGAGAAACCCGAAGACCAGAAGAGCGAGGCGGGCCGAAGCUGGCGAGCCACGAUAAGAAACACUUUCGGAAAGCUGCGCCCUUCCCUCUCCUCAACGCCCUCAGAGAGAGCCUCGGCAACGAUGGUGGCUGCUGAUGACGUCGCCUCUCUUCUCCCCUCUCCUCUCUCUGGAUCGAUCUUCUCCGAUCCCUCUGUCGCACACGAUGUCGCCAAGGUGGCCGGAGGCCUUCGCUUCAAGUUUUCCUCUGGACCUUCGACGCAGUUGGCCCUGCCUACCGCCCGGUUGCCGACCACCUGGGCCUUCGAAGCGUCCUCGUUCGCUGGUGUAUAUACACCUUACACGGCCUCCGACGCCGAAGCUGCGUUUUCGCCACUUUCCUCGUCUCCUGGCACCUCCGGCGACCGUCGGCCUGCGCCGUCGAAGGCAACCUCCUCGUCUUGUCCACCUCGUCCCGGCGUUUCGGGCCUCACGGCUCGUCGCCGCCAAGCAGGCGACCGUCGCGACUCUUCGUUUUCGUUUGCCGCGCUCGUGCCAUCGCCCGUGUCUUCCCUUGCCAAGCUGUUGCCGAAGCGGCUGACGGAGAAGACCCGGUUCUCUAGGAGAGUGCGCGAACUGCGACGGGCUGCCGCUGCGGCGAUGGCUUCUGUCUCACCUUUAGUCUGCAGCCGAGCGAGGGAGGCGGCUGUGUGGACGCGGAGUGCCGUCCUCGGGAACCUGCCGUUUGCGCCUCGCCUCUUUCCUUCUUUCUUUGCGUCGGCUUCGCCUUCGUCUCUGUACUCGUCUCCUCCUCUUCCGUACUGCGGCUUUUCUCUGGCCCUCGCGUCCCGCGCGUUUCCGCUUUCAUCUCUUUUUCCCGCCUCGUCUCCACCUGCUUCGUGCUCGUCCCCUGGACGUUUUAAACGCGUCUUGACAGGGUGCCUGGCUUCCGUCCUCUCUUCCUUCAACUUUGCUCAACUUGCCGUUAGCACCCGCCUCAACGUCGACCUUCUUCUCCCUCCACGGCUUCUUCUUCCUCUCCUCUCCGGGUGUCUCUCUCCUUCUUCUGCGUCUGCGUCUUCCGCAUCCGCUCCUUCUUCUCUUUCUGGUCAUACUUGCUCUUUGCGCGGUCUCCUGGGGCGCGGGCGUUGCCUUUUGCGUCUGCUCCACUCACAGGCUUCUUCUUAUCUGUCGGCGUGCCGCACUACCCUUUCGUCUGCGGAGGCGCUCCACGAAUCUCUCGCAACUUCGCUUCCUUCCUCUGCGUCCUUGUAUGUCCUCCCGCGCCUCUCUCUCUGCGCCUUUCCGGUCUUUUGCCCCGCCUCAGCUGCGCCUGCGUCUGAGCCGCCGCUGCCUGCGGCUUCCGCCCCUUCGUUUGCUUUCACCUCUGAGCCUGCAUCCACUUCCGCGCGUUGCUCGGCCGCUCCGAGCGAAACUGAGAAACCAGUGUCUCCUGACAUCCUCGCUUCGCUUCCUUCGCACGCCGACAGACGGCGCUUCCUCGCGGCCUCGCUGCGCGCAGCUGCAGCGCGUUACCCCUCCUGGGAGAUGGUGAAACUGACCGGGAAGAAAGGGAACAGACUGCGAGGCUGGGGCUCCGAACCCGUCGGGAUCUUCGAGGCAGUCGCCGAGGGCUCUUUCGAACUCAGCGUCCCUAUCGUUGCCAGACUCCCGCUCGGGCGCGGACGGCCUCGCCUGCCUCUCAAAUUGAUGGAAGUCGCUGUCUUUUUCGAUCACAGCGUAGGUUUCUCGCCCUUCCUUCUUCCCGCUGCCUCUCCGUCUCCGCCGAGCGCAGCUGCCGCCGCAACUGCCGCUGCGGCCCGCGCCUUGGGCUCCACGGCAACUCCGACCGCGGUCGGAGACACCGCGUUGGGCUCCAGCGCCUUGACCGGCGCGGCGGAGCGAGCCUCUGGACCCGGCGGCAGUCGCCCCCUGUUGUUCCUCGCCCAAGCGAAGCAGCGACUCCUCAAGAGGGGACGGGAAGUCGGGGCGAGCGUUGCUGCGGCCCUCGAGAGAGGCUUAGAGCGAACCGGGUGGAGCGUCUGCCACUGGCCAUCGGUUGGUGUGUGUGUUCGCCUAGCCCUCCUGAGCAUCACGUUUGCAAGGCCUGUCCGAAUCAGAGACGACGGCGUCUCUCUUCAUCCAGGGCGGUUCUUUGUAGGCAUGGUUGACGACAGCUUGUAA